ACACUUGUGUGCACAAGUUUGUCCAUAAGCUGUGCUCCUUCCAGUUGCUGUCCAUUUCCGUAAUCUGAACCUUCUGCAUGGUGAGAGACAGCGUCUUUGGUUGUGUGUUGCUGAUUUUACUCACUGCGUUUUCAUGUUAUCACUCAAAUGGGUUUCCUACAAGUUCAUGUCAAAAGCUGUUCCUCUCCUGUAGCUCCAGCACUUAAUAUGUUGUGGCUGUUUAAACACCCAUCAUCUCCUCCUGUCUCCAGCUCAGCUUCAGUGUCUUUAAGCUCAGUCAGAGCAUGUGUGUGUGUGUGUGUGUGUGUGUGUGUGUGUGUGUGUGUGUGUGUGUGUGUGUGUGUGUGUGUACUGAUCACAGGUGUUGUGCAGGUACAGGUCUGUGUCCCGUGUGUUCCUCCAGGCUCCAGGCUCCCUGGUGCUCCCGCGGACUCUCCCUGCGCUGCUGCUGCUGAAACCCGGCUGAGGGUCUCUGUGCCACGGUGUAACUGCUCUCCGUUAAAAGACGUAAAAUGCCCUUGUUUCCAGAAGGACGUGAGCUGCUUCGCUGCUGAGCGGAUUACUGUCACCAUGAUGUGAACUUCCUGAAGCGGACCUGCUCCUCCAUCAUCAUCUCCCGUGUGGAUGCUGGAACACACGCCUCGUGCUGUAGGAGCGGACAGAGGGUCAACAUUUCUGGGUUGCUAUGGUCAGAAACACCUCCACUGCUUUGCUCUUUUGGGAAGCAGAGUAGAUGUUUUCAAACACGACCUUCUCUCUCAUUGCUACCAGAACAUCCUCCACGUGAGCUUCACUUUCUGGCACACACCUGACCACCAUAACGGAGACCCCGUGUCUCCCCCCGGCCACAGAGACCCACAGGGUCCUCACUGCUCUCCACAAUGAAGUGUCUUAGUGUGCUGAUGUAUGUUCCGCUCCUCCACAGAGACAUGAAGAAGAAAUGUUAUUUCAGUUCAGCGAAAAUAACCACCAGAUGCCACCAGAGGGCAUCACACUGCCUGUAAAAGCAUCAUGGAGAAUGUCGAAAUAUUUAUUCCAGCAGAGAACAUUUUCGAGAUUCAUUUAUUUUGGAGGCAAACCUCCUACAAGGCGCGGAGCUUGGAUGGGGAGGAGUCUAGGUGAUUGCCAAGGAGAUGCUUCAAGUAUGAGUAAAGACAAAGUUGUCUGUAAGAGCUGGUGGCUCAGUGGUAAAGGUCUCAGCACCUGUGUGUGAGGUUCUGGGUUCGAGUCUCGAGAGAGAGAGGAAAAAGAAAGAGAGACUCCGAAUGGGUGAGAGACUGGUGCGGAACCGGACCGAGGGCGGAACAGGGGAGAGAGAGAGAGAGAGAGGGCUUAGAGUGACGUCUUUCAAUGCAUCCUCAACUACACCUUGGUGUGGUGUCACUCCGCCCCUUCAGCCAGGACACGCCCACGGACCGAACUUUUCCACCUCACUCCGCCCAUUCAGCCAGGACACGCCCACGGACCGAACUUUUCCGCCUCACUCCGCCCCUUCAGCGAGGACACGCCCACGGACCGAACUUUUCCGCCUCACUCCGCCCCUUCAGCCAGGACACGCCCACGGACCGAACUUUUCCGCCUCACUCCGCCCCUUCAGCGAGGACACGCCCACGGACCGAACUUUUCCGCCUCCUCCGCCCCUUCAGCGAGGACACGCCCACGGACCGAACUUUUCCGCCUCACUCCGCCCCUUCCAGCGAGGACACGCCCACACUCACUCCGUCAAAGCUUCUAGCUUUAAUGCUGUGGUUGGGGUUUGAAUCGGAGCGCUCGUGCUUUGUUCUAGUACAGCAUUAACCCACUGCGCCACGGAGUCUGCUGACCACAACAUCUCCAUCCCACCUUCCUGCUUCAUGCUACAGCGCCACCUUGUACAGAAAACCACCCUCUGUUAAAAGCCUUCCAAAAGGUGUAUUCGAACCUGAACACACACACACACCAUAAACUAAACAAGAGCUUUAACCGCUACACCACAGACGACCAGAAAGAACCAUCUUCAGCUUCAGGAUAAGUUCCUCAUGAACAUGAACGCGCGUGAACCUUCAGAAUUGAAGACAAAAGUCCACUACACGAAUUCUUCAUGUGUUCUUCAUGGUGUAAUGGGUAGAGCAGUGGUUUGGUGUAGUGUUUGUGGAGUUGUAGGAUCGAAUCUAGAUUUUGACCAUUUUAUUAAAUGCUUACAAUAUUUAUUUAAAGUAUUUUAAUCAAAUGUAUUAAUAAAAAAAAUAAAAAAAUGUUGCUAUAGCAGUAGGAAGAUGUGAACACGUGAUAAGUGUAAUUUUUCGGCUUUCCUCAUGAGCACGAGCUCCA